GGAUUGAAGGCAGUUGUAUCAGGACGACGGCGACGGCUCAUUACGAUCAUCACUGCUUGUUAAUUAACUGAAAUUGAAACGCCUUUAAAACCAUUGUCCUCAAUAAGUGAUCGAGUUCCGUGUAUUCAAAGAAUGCAAACAUUUUCCUGAAGUGAUUCGAAUUUACAAUGGACGUACGUUUGCUAGGGGACUGUGGGAAAAUGGUUCCCAAAUCAAUGUUGAGACGCAGGCGAAGUGAGUCUGUCGAAAUCGGAAACACUAAUUGCGAAGUAAAUUCCGAAGAAAACGAGAGCAGAAGCACUCGGGAAUAUAGCAAUGGACAUUUGCAUCCUACUCCGGAACUAACAACGUAUGGAGGGAUAAAAUUAGGAUGGAUUCAGGGUGUAUUGAUACCAUGUCUCCUCAACAUUUGGGGUGUUAUGUUGUUUUUACGGAUCGCGUGGGUCGUGGCGCAAGCUGGUAUAGGUCUUUCGGUCAUAAUUGUAUUCCUUUCCGCCAUAGUCUGCGUUAUCACGACUCUGUCUCUGAGCGCAAUAUGCACCAACGGACAACUACAAGGAGGUGGAGUAUACUAUCUUGUCUCGAGAUCACUGGGGGCCGAAUUUGGGGCGUCAGUCGGAAUACUCUUUGCAUUCGCCAACGCUGUAGCGGCCAGUAUGAACACUAUCGGAUUUUGUGAUUCUCUAAAUCACCUCCUGAAGACGCACGGACUGAAAAUCGUUGAUAACGACGUAAACGAUAUCAGGAUUGUGGGUGCGGUAGCGCUUUUAGUUAUGUGCGUAAUUUGUGCCAUUGGUAUGGACUGGGAAACCAAAGCGCAGAAUUUUCUAAUAGUCGUAAUAGUAGUGGCGAUAAUAAAUUACAUUGUCGGAGCACUUAUAGGACCCAGUAGUGAUGUAGAAAGAGCAAAAGGAUUUGUGGGAAUAAAUUUACAAACUAUUCGGGAGAACUGGCUCCCGAAUUUUCGCUACAGCGAAGGGCGCGAACACGACUUCUUCAGUGUUUUCGCGGUUUACUUCCCCGCCGUGACUGGCGUGCAGGCGGGGGCCAACAUUUGUGGAGAUCUCAAGAACCCAGCCGUCGCAAUUCCCAAAGGUACUCUUUUAGCGCUGGCCAUAUCAGUCACGUCGUAUUUCACAAUGGUGAUUCUGUCGGGAAUGGGUGCCCUCAGGGACGCGAGCGGUAACGUCGCGAACUUGACAACAGCCGCGCUCGAAUCUUGCAAACCUCACUGCGGUUACGGCUUACACAAUAACUAUGCGAUCAUGCAGUUAAUGUCGGCUUGGGGCCCCUUCAUCUACGCGGGCUGCUGGGCGGCGACUCUGUCCACGGCGCUCACCAACUUGCUGUCGGUGCCGCGGCUCAUCCAGGCGCUCGGCGUCGACCGCAUCUACCCAGGACUCAUCUUCUUCUCGAAACCGUACGGACGACACGGAGAGCCCUACAGAGGAUACGUACUAACCUUUUUCGUUUCCUUACUGUUUCUACUUAUCGCGAAUUUGAACGCGAUUGCUCCGUUGAUAACAAAUUUUUACUUGGCCUCAUACGCACUUAUUAACUUUUGCACCUUUCACGCGGCAUUCGUUCACCAAAUUAAUUGGCGACCCACGUUUCGCUAUUACAACAAAUGGCUAUCGUUGGCCGGGUUCCUAAUGUGUGCUUCAAUAAUGAUGAUAAUCAGCUGGGCGAUGGCACUGACUACAAUGUUUGUUUUCAUGACAUUAUAUCUUCUCGUUCUUUAUAGGAAGCCAGACGUGAGCUGGGGUAGCAGCACUGAAGGACAACGUUACCAGGACACGGUCUCAUUUAUAACUGAGCUCAGUCACCGAGUGACGCACAGUCGCUCGUACAACCCUCAGCUGCUUGUGCUCGCUGGGACACCGCUACAGCGCCCCGCGCUCAUCGACGUAGCACACAUGCUCACGAAGAUAGGAUCAUUCAUGAUAGUUGCUGACAUUACAGACACUGCAUUAACCAAAGGCGAACGUGUCAGCCGUCAGCACAUAGGCGAGCAGUUUGUGAAGUAUCGCAAACUCCGCGCGUUCUACGUUCUCCUGCAAGGGCUUGACUUGAAGCGCGGCGCCAACGCACUGAUGCAAGCUAGUGGGCUUGGAAAACUCUCUCCUAACAUAUUACUCAUAGGAUUCAAAAAGGACUGGACGAACGCUGAACAUAAACAGAUUAGCGACUACUACGGAGUUAUCCAAGACGCAUUCGAUUUGAAGCUUGCGGUAACGAUACUGCGAGUCCCCGGGACCUCGCAAACAGUACAGCGGUGGAGGUGGACACCCCGUGUGGUCUCGGAACCGAAUAACUUCGAGCUCGUGAUGCACACACAAGUACUCGCCCUCAUGAACUCUGAUUCAGACCUCGAAGACGACGACCAAGCAAUCGACGAUGAUUCUGACAAACUUAUCGACUCUGAAAACCAGCUGUCAAACGAAACUUCAAGUAGCGAACAGAAUCCAGAAUCCAUCGGCGGAGAAGCAUUACGAUCUGCGAACUUUUCCCGGACUUCAAGACGGAAACUUUCAAACGGAGCUUUGUCAUUCAGAGCUUUGUCGUUCAAUUGCAAACAAUACGUAGAUGCUUGGUGGCUUUAUGAGGAUGGUGGUUUGAACAUAUUGCUUCCGUAUAUUAUUGCACGUCGCGGCUACAAACACAAACUGCCCCUUAGGAUAUUCGCGAUCACGAAAGAACAGCACAAAAGAGAGUUUGAAAAUAAAUGCAUGGAAAGUUUAUUGAAAAAAUUUCGAAUCGAGUACACGGAGCUGACACUGGUGCGAGGGAUUGGGGACGCGCCACCCGAGUCGAGUUGGAAAAUGUUCAACAACAUCAUAAACGAUUUUAAGUCUGAGGAGAAAACUGAUAUUUUAACAUCGGAAGCCGAGUUGAAGAGUCAGUACAGUAAAACGAGCAGGCAUUUGCGACUACGAAACCUUCUGUUGCAACAUUCGACAAAAGCCGCUAUCGUCAUCAUUACCCUGCCAUUGCCGAGAAAGGUGUCGGCAUCGCUGUACAUGGCGUGGCUAGAGGUCCUCAGCCGAGAUUUGCCGCCCGUGUUAUUCGUACGUGGCAACGACUCCUGUGUGUUGGACGCGUAAAGUGAAAGAUUAUACCGAUGACGUCACUUCAACAAAUGUAGGGUUUGCACAAAAAAUAGACAAAAUAAAUUGUAUAAGGAUUGCGAAACCCAGUAUCGAACGACAAGAUAUUGCUAUCGGAGGUUGCAGUUUAAGCGGCAGGCUCGUCUGUGAAAGUAAGCGACUUCGAGAUGCCCAUGGGCUUCUAGUGACGUCUGAGACGUAAUCUAGGUUAAAUAUCCGCCAUGCAUCCAACAUACAAAUUAAAAAGUCGGUCGAAUGAAAAAACUUGAUUUAAGAAAUGGUGCAGGAUCUCACACUACGUUGAAAAGUAUAAAUUCGCACACAAAGGGAAUUUUAAUUAAAUUAUUCAUAUGACGUAUUAUAAGUAUAUAUAGUUUAUGUAUAAAAUUGAUUAAAAAAAACUAAUUCAAAUAAAAUAAACAAAAUCAGUAAAUAUAAUAGAA